CGCCUCCUCUCUCCAUCGCUUCACGCCGAACCAGAACCAUUCAUCUCUCCCCUUCUCCAGGCUUCACAUCCGGGUCAUCCGCCAGGAUCUGUCUCCUGCGUCUGUGUCUGACACAGUCAGGAUCGCUCCGUCCGCCGCCGCCGCGCUGUUCUGCAGCUCUCCUCCCGAUCGCGCGGCUCUCCAAGCGGACACUGCGCUCAGCGAACACCGAUGGAGCCCGGAGCGCCGUGAGCCGCAGCCGGGGGUCGCACACACAAAGCCGGGGAUGAAACGGUGAGGAGAGGCUUCGUGUACGGGCUAGCCCGAGGUGAUUAACUCGCCCCGAACCAUGUCGAAGAGCCUGAAGAAGAAAAACCACUGGACCAACAAAGUCCACGAAGCGGUGAUCACCCGUGGGAAGGACGGGGAAGUGGGCUUCGAGCUGAAGGGGGGCGCGGAAAACGGCCAGUUCCCCUACUUCGGUGAGGUGAAGCAGGGGAAGGGACUGAUCCAGAGCGGAAAACUGGCCCAGGAUGAGCUGCUGCUGGAGGUCAACGACAUGCCAGUGGCCGGGCUCACCACCCGGGACGUGCUGGCCGUGAUUAAGCACUGCAAGGACCCGGUCCGCUUCAAAUGUGUCAAACAAGGUGGGGUAGUCGACAAAGAUUUGCGGCACUACCUCAACCUACGCUUCUCCAAGGGCUCAGUGGACCACGACCACCAGCAGAUCAUCAGAGACAACCUCUACCUCCGCACUGUUCCCUGUACCACCAGGCAGCCUAAAGAGGGGGAGGUGCCAGGGGUGGACUACAAUUUCGUGAGCGUGGAGCGUUUUAUGGAAUUGGAGCAAAGUGGAGCCCUGCUAGAGAGUGGAACCUAUGAAGACAACUUCUACGGGACACCGAAACCUCCAGCGGAGCCGUCCCCGGCAGCCCCUCCUCUGAAUGUGAGUGAGGCCUUGCUUCCUGGAGCCCGGCCGAGUGCCCAGGGCAAAAGAAAGAGGAAUCAGUCGGUUAGCAACAUGGAGCAGCGUGCCAGCCUGGAACCUCCUGAAGAGGAGGAGGAGGAGAGCCCAGUUGUCAAUGGCAACGGGGUGGCCAUCACACCAGAGUCCAGUGAACAUGAGGACAAGAGCACAGAUGCCUCUGGGGAGGUUGCAGCGGAAGGGUCCAGCCAGGCCCCAGCAUCAUCGGAGCCUCCGACUGAAGGAGAAGAGGCCCCAAAAUCCCCAAUCAGAUCCCCCUCCAAAGUCCCUGAUGCAGAUGAGGAAGAGCUGGGUCCUCUGCCUGACAACUGGGAGAUGGCCUACACAGAGAAGGGAGAAGUUUACUUUAUAGAUCACAACACCAAAACUACAUCAUGGCUCGAUCCACGUCUUGCGAAGAAAGCGAAGCCACCCGAGGAGUGCAGAGAGGACGAGCUGCCCUAUGGCUGGGAGAAGAUAGACGACCCCAUCUACGGCAGCUACUACGUCGAUCACAUCAAUCGAAGGACUCAGUUUGAAAAUCCAGUCCUGGAAGCCAAGAGACGUCUGGAGCAGCAGAGACAGAUGCAGAGCCAAGGACUCUCUGCUCUGCCUUUACCCACAAUAUACAGAGAAAAGCCGUUGUUUACAAGGGACCCAACCCAGCUGAAAGGAAACUUCCUGUCCACGGCCUUGCAGAAGAGUAACAUGGGAUUUGGCUUCACGAUUAUCGGAGGCGAUGAGCCCGAUGAGUUCCUGCAAGUGAAGAGUGUUAUACCGGAUGGUCCAGCUGCUCAGGACGGGAAAAUGGACACAGGGGAUGUCAUUGUCUACAUUAAUGACAUCUGUGUGCUCGGCACUACUCACGCUGAUGUUGUGAAGCUCUUUCAGUCCGUACCGAUUGGUCAGAGUGUUACUCUCGUGCUCUGUCGAGGAUAUCCGCUGCCCUUUGAUCCUGAGGACCCAAACGCCGCAGCAAGCGCCUCACUCACGCCCAUCGGGCUGGAGCACCGCCCGCUGGUGGUGAACGGGCGCAGCAGCUAUGACCCCUACCUAGAGUAUCUGUCACUGAGCUCCCAGCUUCCUCCUCAGGCUCUGGCGCAGGCCGGAGCCUCUCACCCUGGGGACACCCAUCUGGAUGGCUCGUCGCUGCCACCCACCACGCCCGGCUCGGCAUCAGCACACACACCACGUGAUGAUAACGUGUCCAUGGCCUCCUCUGGGACGGCAGGUGUUGCCGGGGCAACAGGACAAGGAGCAGAGCUGCUGACUGUCACGAUGGUGAAAGGUGCAGAAGGUUUCGGAUUCACAAUCGCCGAUAGUCCUACUGGUCAGCGCGUUAAACAGGUGUUGGAACCAGGCUCACAAGGAGCAUCAGGACUGAUUGAAGGAGACCUGAUUCUGGAGGUGAACCAGCAGCCGGUGGCUGCAGCAGGACAUGGACGUGUGGUGGAGAUGCUCAAAGAGUGUCCAGUGGGAGCAGAAGCCACACUUCUCAUACAGAGAGCAGGAACAGGUCACAUCUCUCCAUGGAAGGCUUCAAAACAGUGGGACCCUCAGGGCAGCCCUCAGACGAAUCUUUCCGGUCCGGUCCUGCCGCCUGGCACGCCCUUCCCAAACCAGCCACAGCAUCGCACAUCUGUACCCGACUCCACAGAAGGCUUUGACCUGAACAAACCCGACCCUUAUGACCUGUAUGAGAAGUCAAGGGCAAUCUAUGAGAGCAGACGUCCUGAAUAUGAGGAGGUGGAGGUCCACCUGCUGAGAGAGAAAACAGGCUUCGGCUUCCGCAUCCUGGGGGGAGAUGAGGCCGUGCAGGCUGUGAGUCCGGACGCCCGUGACAAGAUUGUUAUUGGCGCUAUAAUAGAGAACACUCCUGCUGAGCGCGACGGCCGGCUUCGACCCGGGGACGAGCUAAUUUCAGUGGAUAAAAACGUGGUUGCUGGGAAACCGCACAAAUACGUCAUUGACUUGAUGCACGCAGCCGCCCGCAAUGGUCAAGUCAGCCUGACUGUGAGGAGAAGAGUGCAGAUGCCUGGCGAGCCUUGUCCAGUAAAUGGUCGCAGUCCUGGUUCGGUGUCAACGCAGCACAGCUCUCCUCGCAGCGAUGCAGCCUCCGCACCGGUCCCCAUACCUGCAAAUGCCCCCGCUACCACCUCACAACCGGAGGGAUCGGCUCUGCAAACCAGCGACGUUGUUAUAAAUCGCAAGGAGAACGAGGGCUUUGGCUUUGUAAUAAUCAGCUCCUUGAACAGACCAGAGAAUACCACAGUUAUCACUGUGCCUCACAAAAUUGGACGCAUCAUUGAAGGAAGCCCUGCGGACAGAUGUGGAAAGCUAAAGGUGGGGGACCGAAUUCUGGCUGUGAAUGGACAGUCUAUCAUCAGCAUGCCUCACGCUGAUAUUGUCAAGCUCAUCAAAGACGCUGGACUAACAGUGACACUGCACAUCAUACCAGAAGAAAGUUCCCAGUCUGGACCCAACUCAGAGAAGCAGAGCCCCAUGACCCAGAAACACAGUCCACAGACCCAGCCUAGUCCUGUAGCCCAGCCAAGCCAAGGAGGCGCCCAGUCAAGCCAAAUGGCUGCUCAGUCUGGCCAAACGACGGCUCAGCCGGGUCAAGCAGCAGUCCAGCCUGGCCAGACAGCAGCUCAUACUAACCAAACAGUGGGUGGACCUCCUGCACCAGCAGCCUCCCAGCCUGCACCAGCAGGAACCCAGCAGAGCCCAAUCACUCAGCCCUCUGGCCUUCCUCCGCACCUAUACCUCCAUGACGGCAGGAAUUCUUACCCACCGUUAUCCUGGUCAGAGGUAAAAGCAAGACAGGAUGUCAAACCAGAUUUCCGUCACCCUCCAUUUACUGACUAUCGGCAGCCUCCUGUUGACUACCGUCACCCUCCGGUGACUGAUUACCGCCAGCCUCCAACGUUGGACUACCGACACCCGCCUGGCCUUCUGGACUUCAGGCAGCAUCCUGCAGCAGCACAGUUUCCUUUGGGAAUCCCUGCUGAUUUCCGACUACAGGACUAUGAUUAUUUUACAGUGGAGCUGGAGAAAAGUGCAAAGGGUUUCGGCUUUAGUAUUCGUGGGGGCAGGGAGUACAGCAUGGACCUGUUUGUGCUGCGGCUUGCAGAGGAUGGUCCUGCAAUACGAAACGGAAGGAUGAGGGUGGGGGAUCAAAUCAUAGAGAUUAACGGAGACAGCACCCGGGACAUGACUCAUGCGCGUGCGAUUGAACUCAUAAAGGCGGGAGGCAGACGGGUCAGGCUGCUGCUGAAGAGGGGCACGGGACAGGUCCCUGAAUAUGACUGUGCCAGCCCCUGGGAUUCCCUUUCUACAGCCCACUCUGCCCUGCAGGAAGUGACCCUGGAACCCCUUCUGAAUCCAUUACUUACCUCCCAUCCAGCUCCAUCCCCAGACUCUCCUCAUCGCCUCCAUCUAGAGGCCAAAGUGUGCAUGGCAGAAAAAGCUCCACUGCUGACAGACCACAGCUCCAUCAGAAGGGCAAUAGGUGGCAGGUCCACUGAGCAGAAGUGUGUCAACAUGGGGCAGGGAGCCCUUCAGGGGUCUGGAGAGGUGAACCGUGCACAUGGAGAUAAGCCGCCGCGGGCUUUGUCUCACAAAGCUGUGGUGGGAAGGUCUAUUGAGAGGCAGGAGAGCUGCUCGCCUUGUAGUGAGAGGAAGGGCAGACAAACACAUGCAGCAGGCAUCGUUUCACCUUGGGACCCAUAUGUCACAGUGAAUCUGAACGGAGCCUCUCUGGGAGGAGGAGACGGACCUGUCAGCCUCCAGGAAAGGCUGAUGUCCAGGAAUCUGCCUCCCAGAGAAGACGAGAAUGCCAGUGGCCUCAGUAGGGUUUGCUGCCCUUCUAAAACCAUCGAAGGUCCUCCAGCCAGGAGCGCAGCCGCCUCCCCGGGGCCCUGGAAAAUCCCUGGGCCUGACAAGCUGCCUGGCACCCUGAGGUCCUGCACCUCCACGGUGAGCAGGUAGAAUGGAUCCUCACAGUGUUUCGCUCCGUAUUCAGUUUCCUUCACCAGGAAUCCAUACUCCUCUAACCUCACCAUCCUGAUUUCCUCCCCACCUCUUUAUGAAGUCUGUUUAUACAUGUAUUUUUAUUCAAACAAGAAGAUUAUUACACCCACUACCUUAAGGACUGAAGAAACUUUAAAACCUGAUGGAGGACACUUACACCUAAUCAAAUCACAUAUUGAAGUGAUGAGCCUCAUACCUUUACCAACUCAACUGAAGGUAUACAGCAGGGAAAGCUAGUAGUGAACACAUUGGCAUUUUAAUUUAGUAAGCAUAUUUCUCAUUCAAACCAGAUAAGCUUAACAAUAAAUAUAAAAGAAUCAACAGAGAGGAAUAUAUAAGUUGUAUGUAAAAAAGUGAAAUGCACAGGAAAUAAGUCUGAUCAUGGUUCUUAAAAUUGUGUUAAUGACAUCUUGAGAACAUAACUUAUUACUAGGCCUCUUUUAUGCUCUGCUCUUCAGUUCUUUCCAUACAUUUUCAGUUGCCUUCAAAUCAGAUGACUGACUGGGCCUUUAUAGGACCUUUAUUUCUUUUAUAUUAGCUUACAGUUUCCUUUGACAAGUCUGCAAUCAGUGUUUGAUCCAUGAAUUUCCUGCUAUGUUUAAGUAGUCAUCCUUCCCUCAGUUAUAUAAAGGCGUGCAAGUGUCACAUGCUAUGAUGUUUCUACCUCCAAACUUCAAUUUAACUUGCUAUAAUGCAAAUUGGGACGACAUGCAAACAGAAGAUCAGGCUGUUUCCCACCAGUAUUUAGUUUGCUAAUUUAGAUGUUGUGUAGCAAGCUUUUAUUAAUUAGCUUAGUAUUCUGCAUGCAACUUUCCUAAGAUCAUUGACAUUAAGGACAAUAAUCCUCUCAUAAAAACAAGGUAUUUUCUAAGCUCUCUUUGAAUUCUUUUUGAUUUUGCACAAUCUUACUGAUAAUUCCUUUUUCCAUUUCCGAUUCAAUACUGAUAUUUGAGCUUUGAGUAUUGACUGGUGCUGCUAUAGAACCGAUACAAUAUCAGCAGGAAUUAACAUACUUUUGUUGCUUAUUUUGUUGGGUGAAAUGUUAGAAGAAACUUAAGUUAAUUAAUUCAAAUGGAGAACACUAGUCAACAACAGGCAUAAGAACAACUAACCCAUUUAAAUUGAACCAAAGGGUAAUUAAGCCAUAAACAGAAGUGGAGUGUUUCUAUCGAACUCCUUAUUUCAGAGAUUUGAGAUGAAGGCUGAAAUAUACAUUCCAAUUGUGAGGUUUUUGGCUGAAAUCAAACUGAUUUCCAAUAUACAGAGGGGGCAUGCCUAGAAAUUAGGUUCUUUUAUUUUGAAAAUUGCUUCAAUGAUACGAACUGGAACAAUCAGAAGUACCGUUUGUAAUUAAUGCUGUCAGAUAACUUUUGCAGCAAUAAGUUUGUAAAAGUGCAGAAAGAUCUUUGCAGAUGCUUUUGUGCUGUACCUUUUUAACAAAGAACUAUAGUCUAGACUAUGUUAGGACUAACCCAGCUUAUACCAGCUUAUACCUUGUAUGGGAGCAGCGUCUAUUUAAAAAAAAAAAAAACUGACAGAUUAAACCCCUUUUUUUCCUUAUCUCCCCACCUUAUUACACAUAUUCUACUCUAUGCACUAAUUAGUGUGAUGGUACUUACACAUAAUUGGAUU